AUGGACGAGGUCUGCGGAGGUUGUGGCGUCGCGCUGCCAUCGAACUGCCGCUUCUGCAUGCACUGCGGCGCGCCCCACCACACCAAGAGCUUCUGUGCUUGCGGCCACGACAUCACCAACAUGAAGUUCUGUGCUGGCUGCGGCGAGCCAACCCGUGCGACGCCAGCGCGGUCGGGCCCGGCCUACGCAGCGCCGCCAGUAGCAAAGGGGCUCGACAUGGCGUCGAUCGCCGAGUCCAUCCGGCGCGAGCAAGAAGAGAAAGGCAACUUGCGGCUCAAGGCGCAGGAGCUUGCGGCCAAGAAACGGGCGGCGGCCGAAGCCCGCUUUGCCCAAGCCUACGGCAGCGUGCCACACCCCACAGCCUCGCCGGCGUCAGCACCCCGUGCUUCAACCUACGUUCCGCCACCGCCGCCGACUACGUACUCUCGGCCGACAACCGCCGCUUCCACGUAUGCCCGGCCAAAGAGUGCGCCCAUGUCCCAGCCAACGCCAUCUUCUGCGCACGCCUACCGCCCAGUGCCAGCGCAGUCGUCGCCGAACUCGUUUCGGCCGCACGUGUCGCCGCCACGGUCGUCGCCGCUGCCGUCGUCGUUUCCAGUACAGCACGUGUUGCCGCCGGCGACAACGACAAUGACGACACACAACAAGAUCAACGGUGGAAGCCUCUUCCCGGCAGCGGCGUCGAUCGCCACGUCGAUGGCUCCGCCGGUUCUACCUGCUGCUUCGUCGUCAACAGCAUCUUCAAACCAGCGCUUUGGGCCCCAAGGCUUUGUCCCGCCCCGCUUCAUUCCGCCAGAAGACGGGCAGAACCACGUUUACUCGGUAACGCAGACCGUCACGCGGUCCGUGACCUACACGCAGUAA